CUGCAGAAGGAAGACAGACAUUUUCUAGAGUCUCCCAUUCACAGAAAACAAUAUAAAUAUCUUUGCUGCCUUAAGGAAAUGAUUUCAAAUCAUAUUUUAUACUGCUACUGAACCUUUGUACCGGAAAAAAAAGAAUUCCUUCCAGAAGAUUUCAUUUACUGAAUAUGGCUGAGAUGCAAAUCCAGAAAGCACAGACAUACAAGGGAAUCAGACGGCAAGUAAUAUUUUCAUUCUUGUUCUUGUUGCUUUGUCAUUCAGUCUCUGGUCAGCUUCAUUAUUCUAUUGCUGAAGAACUGAGAAAGGGUUCUGUAAUAGCAAAUUUUACAAAAGAUCUUGGAUUAGAUAUUAAUGAGCUUUCCUCCAGAAGAUUUCGUAUUGUUUCCCGUGUUUCUGAGAAAUAUUUUUCUGUAGAUCUAAAUAAUGGAAAUUUAUUUGUUAAAGAUAGGAUAGACAGAGAGACUCUGUGUAGGACAACAGCUACCUGUGUCCUAAUCUUUGAUGCAAUGGUAGCAAAUCCUCUUAAUGUUUUCCCUGUCAAAAUUGAAAUUCAGGAUAUAAAUGAUAAUCCCCCAAAGUUUUUUCCUGAUAUUAUUCAUUUAGAAAUCACUGAAGGUACUGCAGUAGGGACUCACUUGGCAUUACAAAAUGCAGAGGAUCCUGAUAUUGAUAUUAACACAAUACAAACAUACAGGCUCAGUGACAAUCAAUAUUAUACACUGGAUCAAAAAUCCGAGAGUAGUUUUCCUGAGCUGGUUUUAGAGAAUCCUCUAGAUCGUGAGAUGCAAAAUACUCAUGAGUUAACCCUAAUGGCCUUUGAUGGGGGGAACCCUGUAAGAACUGGUACUGCUUUAAUUAAAAUGACAGUUACUGAUGUCAAUGACAAUGUGCCUGCAUUUACCCAAGCUGUGUAUAAAGCAAGCAUUAGUGAAAAUAGCCCAGUUAAUACUACAGUUCUUUAUGUAAAUGCAACUGACAAAGAUGAAGGUAUAAAUGCACAGAUCACAUAUUCCUUUAGUAAAACAUCAGAAAACAGCUUUCAUACAAGUAUGUUUAAUAUUAAUCCUUCAAAUGGUGAGAUUACAACUACAGGAAAUAUAAAUUUUGAGGUGACAAGACAUUAUGAGAUGUCUGUACAAGCCAAAGAUGGAGGUGGCUAUAUUGCCCACUCAAAAGUGUUAAUAGAAAUUACAGAUGAAAAUGACAAUGCACCAGAGAUGGCCAUUGCCUCCUUAUCUUCUCCUGUUCCUGAGGAUUCCGCUCCUGGCACUGUCAUAGCACUGAUUGAAGUUCAUGAUCAAGACUCAGGGGAAAAUGGAGAAGUUGACUGUCAAAUAGUGGGAACAGUGCCUUUCCAAUUAGAUUCAUCAGCUGGCAGGUUUUAUAGAAUUGUCACUACAAGUACACUGGACAGAGAGAAGAUACCCUGGUAUAAUAUCACAAUUGUGGCAACAGAUAAAGGGUCUCCUCAACUCUCCAGUAGGAAAUUCAUCAGACUGGAUAUAUCUGAUGUUAAUGACAAUUCACCAGUGUUUAUUAAAUCAAAUUAUGCUACUUAUUUGCUUGAGAACAAUAUACCUGGAGCUUCAAUAUACAGAAUACAAGCAUCAGAUCUUGAUACGGGAGAUAAUGCAAAAGUUAUUUAUUCAAUUUCCAGCAUGGAUAAUGAGGAUUUCCCUGUCUCCUCUUAUUUUUCAAUUAAUAUAAAGACUGGGGUUUUAUAUGGUCAGCGAUCGUUUGAUUAUGAGCAGCUCAAGGAAUUUCAAAUACAAAUAACAGCUAAAGACAACGGAUUCCCUUCUCUGAGUAGUAAUACAACAUUAACUAUCCAUGUACUAGAUCAGAAUGAUAACGCACCAAUAAUUUUAUAUCCAUCAAUGGGAAACAGUGGUUUGGUUUUGUUUGAAAUGGUCCCUUUUUCCUCUGAGCAAGGUUCUUUAAUCACAAAAGUGGUGGCUGUGGAUGCAGACUCUGGACAUAAUUCUUGGCUUUCUUAUCAUUUCAUGCAGAUGUCAGAAUCACCCCCCUUUGCCAUUAGUCAGCACACUGGAGAAAUAAGGACAUCCCGUGUAUUUCAGGAAAAAGAUGUGUUGAAACAUAAGGUGGUGGUUGUGGUAAAAGAUAAUGGAGACCCAUCUCUAUCAGCAACAGUAACAAUAAGCCUCAUUGUGGCAGAUCAUUUUCAACAGGUGGUCCCCAAACUCAAAAAUCAGUCCAGCGGUGAAUUUCCUCCUUCUAAUUUACCAGUCUAUUUGGUAAUUGCACUUGCACUUAUUUCCUUGCUCUUUAUUAUAACUGUUACCUUGGCCAUCAUAUCAAAAUGUAAAAUGGCAAAACCUUCUCCCUCUUUAGACUUCAGUACAAAUCUAUAUUCUCAAGUUGAUCCCAGGAUCAUUUCCAACUUUAAUAAUGGGACUUUGCCUCUUCCCUACUCCUACAAUGUCUGUGUAGCUUUGGAGUCAACUGAAAAUGACUUUACUUUUAUGAAGCCAAGCCAGAGUGUUCCCAUAGAAAAUCUUAUUGAUGCUGUUGAUUCAGGUCUUGGAAAUGAAAGUUUAAAAGAUACUUUGUCUCCCAGCAGUGCUAUACAGGUAAGUCAUUCUGAUAAAAUAUAUUUAUCUAUGUUAAUAACAAGAAAUAUAUCAAAUGAAUUAUAG